AUGUCGUCAAAAGCUAUAUACGAAGCCAGCGGCAAAGACCUCAUUAACAGGCACAUAGCUUCCGGCACUGCUAUAGUACCAUGUCGCUUAGCCACCUUCGAACAGAGCACAAUUUGGGAGGACGAACUCGGCAAGAACCCUUGGCUAUCUAAAGAGCAACUGGUUGUGAAACCCGAUCAGCUGAUCAAACGACGAGGCAAGCUCGGCCUAGUUGGCGUCAACAAAUCGGCGGCCGAAGUCCGAAGAUGGCUCAGCGAGCAUAUGAACAAGGAACAGAUAGUUGGAGAAGCCGUCGGCAAGCUCAGACAUUUCAUCGUAGAACCGUUCAUCAAACAUGAACCGUCAGAUGAGAUGUACCUGUGUAUCCAGUCAGGCCGCCGGUCAGACACAAUCCUGUUCCAUCACCAAGGAGGCGUUGACGUCGGUGAUGUAGACGCUCUAGCAAUCAGACUCGAGGUACCAGUAGACACAUUUCCUUCCGGUGAAGAAAUUGAACGCACUCUACUGAAGAAUGUGAAGUCCGCCUCAAAUAAGAGAAUCCUGACUACCUUCAUAUUAGCACUGUACCGGGUUUACGUAGACCUAUACUUCACAUAUAUGGAGAUCAACCCCAUAGUAGUGACGAACGAACGCAUCUACCUCCUGGAUCUGGCCGCCAAGCUGGACCAGACGGCUGACUUCAUCUGCGCCAAGAACUGGGGGGAGAUAACUUUUCCCCCACCCUUCGGACGUGACGCGUACCCCGAGGAAGCGCAUAUAGCUGAUUUGGAUGCGAAGAGUGGAGCCAGUCUUAAGUUAACAAUUCUAAACAAAUCUGGUCGUAUCUGGACGAUGGUGGCGGGGGGAGGAGCGUCCGUGGUGUACACGGACACCAUCUGCGAACUGGGCGGAGCGGCCGAGCUCGCCAACUACGGAGAGUACUCCGGAGCACCUACCGAGAGUCAAACCGCGGACUAUGCGAAGACUAUCUUCAGUUUAAUGUGCAGAGAGAAACAUCCCAAUGGCAAGGUGUUGAUAAUCGGUGGUGGUAUAGCGAACUUCACGAACGUGGCAGACACGUUCCGGGGCAUCAUCACCGCCAUAGAGACGUACAAGGAUGCGCUAAUACAGUACAACAUCACCAUUUUCGUGCGGAGAGGAGGGCCCAACUACCAGGAGGGACUCAGACAAAUGCGUGAGGUGGGCCAGCGCCUGCGCAUCCCACUGUACGUGUUCGGGCCGGAGAGCAACAUGACGGCCAUCGUGGGGCUGGCGCUGGGCCAGUCGCCCAUCCCCAAAGAACACCAGCUCGACUACGCUCCCAAGCAACUGCCUAAACCUCAAGCUGCUCCAAAACCCAAGAUCGAACUUCCAGAGUUGACCCAGAAGCUUUUGGACCUGGUCUGCUCACAAGCUCCCACAAGGCAGGACCUUGGUCAGGGCAUCUCUACUGCACAGACACUGUUCAAUGACCGCACAAAAGCCAUCAUCUGGGGCAUGCAGAACAGAGCUAUUCAGGGAAUGUUAGACUUCGACUACAUCUGCCGUCGGUCGGAGCCGUCAGUGGUCGCCAUUGUGUACCCGUUCACGGCUGACCAUAAACAAAAAUACUACUUUGGCAAUAAGGAGGUGUUUAUACCGGUGUUCUCUGACAUGGACGUAGCCAUGCGCAAACACCAAGAGGCGACAGUUCUCGUCAACUUCGCGUCACUUAGAUCUGCCUACGACAGUACUAUGCAGGCUAUGCAGCAUCCACAGAUUAACACAAUUGUGAUCAUCGCUGAAGGUAUCCCCGAGAACAUGACUAGGAAAAUCAUCAAACUGGCAGAUACGCGUGGGGUGAACAUCAUCGGCCCGGCGACAGUGGGGGGCAUCAAGCCGGGCUGCUUCAAGAUCGGCAACACGGCCGGCAUGAUCGACAACAUCAUUGACAGCAAGCUGUACAGGCCCGGCAGUGUCGCGUACGUGUCUCGUUCAGGCGGUAUGAGCAACGAACUGAACAACAUCAUCUCGAAGGAAGCUGACGGAGUCUGUGAAGGAGUCGCCAUCGGUGGAGACAGAUACCCUGGCACUACAUUCAUCGAUCACCUAUUGAGGUACGAGGCUGACCCUAACGUCAAAAUGUUGGUAUUGCUCGGUGAGGUGGGAGGCGUGGAGGAGUACCACGUUUGCAAGGCCAUCAGGGAUGGCAUCAUCAAGAAACCCAUCGUUGCGUGGUGUAUAGGAACUUGUUCAGACAUGUUCACGUCCGAGGUCCAGUUCGGUCACGCCGGUUCCCUGGCAGGGUCCGCGAUGGAGAAGGCAGUAGCCAAGAACGCGGCUCUCAAGGCCUUCGGAGCAUCCGUGCCUGACUCCUUCGACACACUAGGGGUCUCUGUCAAUAAGGUUUACCAUAAACUGGUGAAAGAAGGCAAAAUCAUAGUCAAGGAGGAAGUGGAGCCACCAAAGGUGCCAAUGGACUAUGAUUGGGCUAGGAAACUGGGUAUCAUCCGUAAGCCUGCCGCCUUUAUCUCCACGAUUUGCGACGAGCGGGGCCAGGAGUUGUCCUACUGCGGAGUACCUAUCAGCCAGAUCUUGGAGAGGCAGCUGGGAAUCGGUGGCACUAUUAGUUUGUUGUGGUUCCAGCGCGAGCUGCCUGAGUGGGCGUGCAAGUUCUUCGAGCUGGUGGUGAUCGUGUGCGCCGACCACGGACCGGCCGUGUCGGGCGCGCACAACACCAUGGUCACCGCGCGCGCCGGCAAGGACCUCAUCUCCUCCGUCGUCAGCGGCCUGCUCACCAUCGUACGUACUCUCUCUCUCUCUCUCUCUCUGUCACUCAUGGGCCGCACAACACCAUGGUCACCGCGCGCGCCGGCAAGGACCUCAUCUCCUCCGUCGUCAGCGGCCUGCUCACCAUCGUACGUACUCUCUCUCUCUCUCUCUCUGUCACUCAUGGGCCGCACAACACCAUGGUCACCGCGCGCGCCGGCAAGGACCUCAUCUCCUCCGUCGUCAGCGGCCUGCUCACCAUCGUACGUACUCUCUCUCUCUCUCUCUGUCACUCAUGGGCCGCACAACACCAUGGUCACCGCGCGCGCCGGCAAGGACCUCAUCUCCUCCGUCGUCAGCGGCCUGCUCACCAUCGUACGUACUCUCUCUCUCUCUCUCUCUCUCACUCAUGGGCCGCACAACACCAUGGUCACCGCGCGCGCCGGCAAGGACCUCAUCUCCUCCGUCGUCAGCGGCCUGCUCACCAUCGUACGUACUCUCUCUCUCUCUCUCUCUGUCACUCAUGGGCCGCACAACACCAUGGUCACCGCGCGCGCCGGCAAGGACCUCAUCUCCUCCGUCGUCAGCGGCCUGCUCACCAUCGUACGUACUCUCUCUCUCUCUCUCUCUCUGUCACUCAUGGGCCGCACAACACCAUGGUCACCGCGCGCGCCGGCAAGGACCUCAUCUCCUCCGUCGUCAGCGGCCUGCUCACCAUCGUACGUACUCUCUCUCUCUCUCUCUCUCUGUCACUCAUGGGCCGCACAACACCAUGGUCACCGCGCGCGCCGGCAAGGACCUCAUCUCCUCCGUCGUCAGCGGCCUGCUCACCAUCGUACGUACUCUCUCUCUCUCUCUCUCUGUCACUCAUGGGCCGCACAACACCAUGGUCACCGCGCGCGCCGGCAAGGACCUCAUCUCCUCCGUCGUCAGCGGCCUGCUCACCAUCGUACGUACUCUCUCUCUCUCUCUCUCUCUGUCACUCAUGGGCCGCACAACACCAUGGUCACCGCGCGCGCCGGCAAGGACCUCAUCUCCUCCGUCGUCAGCGGCCUGCUCACCAUCGUACGUACUCUCUCUCUCUCUCUCUCUGUCACUCAUGGGCCGCACAACACCAUGGUCACCGCGCGCGCCGGCAAGGACCUCAUCUCCUCCGUCGUCAGCGGCCUGCUCACCAUCGUACGUACUCUCUCUCUCUCUCUCUCUGUCACUCAUGGGCCGCACAACACCAUGGUCACCGCGCGCGCCGGCAAGGACCUCAUCUCCUCCGUCGUCAGCGGCCUGCUCACCAUCGUACGUACUCUCUCUCUCUCUCUCUCUGUCACUCAUGGGCCGCACAACACCAUGGUCACCGCGCGCGCCGGCAAGGACCUCAUCUCCUCCGUCGUCAGCGGCCUGCUCACCAUCGGCGACCGUUUCGGUGGAGCGUUGGAUCGCGCCGCGGCUGACUUCUGUGCCGCGUACGACCGCGGCCAGCACCCUCAAGAGUUCGUCAACGAGAAGCGGGCCAAGGGAGAGCUCAUUAUGGGCAUCGGCCACAGGGUGAAGUCGAUCAACAACCCCGACUCGCGCGUGCGCGAGCUGAAGGCGUACGUGACGUCACGCUGGCCGGCCUGGCCCGUCACGCGCUACGCGCUGGACGUGGAGGCCAUCACCACGCGCAAGAAGCCCAACCUCAUCCUCAACGUGGACGGCAUCGUGGCCGCCGCCAUGGUCGAUAUGUUCCGCCACUGCCAGCUCUUCACGCAAGAGGAAGGUAACAAUUACAUCCAGAUGGGCUCCAUCAACGCAAUGUUCGUGCUCGGCCGGACCAUAGGACUGGUGGGCCACUACCUGGACCAGAAGCGCAUGAAACAACCCCUAUACCGCCACCCUUGGGAUGACAUCACAUACAUGUCACCCCUUAACUAA